AUGAUUAUUAUUUUUUGUCAUUUUAUAUUAUUUUUUAGAUAUCCCAGCACUUUAUUGGCAUGGUUUCUUCGUCGAUUUUUAAAUUGUUACUUCGCUAAAAUAAAUGGAAUUGGAUGGUUUUGUUUUGGUCAAAUUAAAUUUCUCUUCCAUAACGGGCUUUGCCUUGAAUUGGAAAAUUUACGAAUUGAUAAAAUUUUUGUUUGGCGUUCAUGGAAAUGGCCAAAAUUAAAUUUGCAUGUUUUUGUGAAAAGUUUUCGAGUUGGUGAAUUGAAAAAUGGAAAAAUUGAGAUGGAUGGUUGUAUGCGAAAUUUUGAUUUUAAUGAGUCAAUUGAAUACAAGGGAAAUUUUGAAUUACUUGAUAUAACCUUCAACCGUUCUAAAGGUGAUUUUAUUCUUCUUAUAAAGUUUGGAAGUUCUGUCGAUUUUACUUGGUCUCCUGUUCUACACUUAAAAUUAAAUGAUUUAAUCAAAGCCUUUUAUUCCAAACUUUCAAAAUUUUCUAAUUUAUUUAAAUCGCUUUCUUCCGCUUACAAUGCAGAACCUUCUACCUCUUCAAAUUUACUUUUUGAUGUCCAAACUGAACAUUCAUUUGAAUUGGCCUUUCGUCUACCACAAAAUCAUUUGAUACGUUUAAUAUCGCCUUCAUUUUCUUUUGAACGGACAGCUCCUUGUUUCGCUAAAUUUGCUGCUCCAAAUUUAUUAGUAGAAAUGGAUGGGCAUAUAAUUAUGGAUUUUGAGGUGACUAUGCCUGGUUUUAACGAUUUUUAUUGUACAUACAAGGGAAUCUUGUACAUUCGAGCGAAUCUUUAUGAUAAAUUUUUUUUUAAUUUUCAGUCACCAAAAUUGGAAUGUGUAAAAGAAGAUAUUUUUCUAAAAUUACUUCGAAGUGGAUUCUCUCAAUUAGAAUUAGAAACAAAUCGUUUAUGGUCUUGGAGUGCAGAACAAUUGCAAAUUGUUUUUCCAUAUGGUUAUAAUUUUGCUGAUUCAUUUGACGAUCUAAUUAAUUGUAUCAAAUGGAUUAAACUAGUUCAUAAUAUAAAGAGUCGCCCAUUCACAAAAGAAUCUCCAUUGCCUGCUGAUGUUAGAAUUAGAUUUAAGAUUGUUACUCUUCGCAUCGAGGAUGAUCCAUUUGAAAUUCAACUUCAAAAUAUUUAUGAAGUCCAAAUGGAUGAAGUUUUUGAACGAGAACGAAGGAAGCAAAUUUUAGAUGCAAAAAUUGCUCAACUUAAGAAGGAGGAUCCUUUCUUUCCAAGUAAUAAAAUUGAUGCAUUAUAUCAAUCUCUAAUAAAGAAAGAUGGUCAGCUUUACAUGGAAAGAAUUCAAAAAGUUCGACAACAACAGCUAGACCGGUGUCUUUUUCACUGGGAAAUUAAUGAAUUAGAAUUGCGAGCUUUUGCUGAUCUGUCUUUGCAUGGAAGAGAAAAUGUUCUUGAUUAUAUUCAUAUUUUUAAUUCUGAAUCUAAUUUCUCUAUCAAUGAUCCUCAAUUUUCCACACUUUGGGCUCGUGUUGUCGAGCUAGAAGCAGUCCAAAGUCGAAUGAAUUUUCGUGAUUAUCCUCUUCCUUAUAUGAAUUUACAAAAAGCCCAUUUUUGGGGAACUUUGGUUGGAGCUGAACAAAUUAUGGAAAGCAGAUCAAUUCGUCACCAAUUUAUUGAUACUCCAGAGCCUUGGGGAAGAUUUAUUAUUGAACGAAGCAUGUGCCCACUCAAAUUUUUUUAUGAUCUUAAAUGCGAAAUUUCUGACUUAAAAGUUACUUAUGGCCCUUGUUGGGAGCCUUGUCUUUCAAUGAUUAGUCUUUGUUGGAGUCUUAUAAAUGCGCCUUCUAAAGAUCCUUCAGAACCUCUUCCUUUUUGGGACAAACUAAGACUACUUUUACAUGGACGUUUUGCUAUGUCCUGUACUCGGCUACAAACAUCUAUGCUUGCUUCUACUGAUCCUUAUAAUGAUACUGAAUUGGUGGAAAUUGUUUGGGAGGAUUUUGAAUUUGAUUGGCUAACUGGUGAAUUCAAUAUUCGAUCUGAUGUUGAUGCGUAUAUUCGAACAGCCAGUAAAUAUGACGACAGAAGACUUUUGCAUCUCCCCCGCCUAAUUUGCGCUAUAAGUUUAGAUUGGAUUUGUCUUGGUGAUCAACAUGACCACCAUUCAGUACAGCCUUGUGCUCCUGAUAAAUUGCCAGAAUAUUCUAUUAAUAUUGGUCAUGAUUCUUAUCGAGCUUUUCGUUCUUCUUGUGUUGAUGUAAAUAUUCGUUUUGAAAUUAGUGAGUGCGAUGAGAAUAACAUCAAACGACAGUUCCCACAGAUUCAACUGUAUGCCAAUACCUUCAAAUGCCUUGAUUUUCUCAUUAAAACACUUAUGACUGUAAACAGACCAGUCAAACGAGGACCUAUUUUUUCAACUCAAACAACAAAACGUUAUCAAUUAAGUAGACAUUUUAGUUCAACUUUGCAAAGAUUUUCAAUCUCUUAUUGGAUGUCUUUCUCUUCCUCACACGGGUUCCGAGUGAUAAGUGAUAAUCUUAAAUUUACAUUAUCUGCUCAAUUACAAGUACAUCAACAUCAUUCUAAUGAUCGCAUUUCUAGACGAUCAAGAAUUGAUUGGAAAAUAUCUCAUGUGACUGCUCAUCUCGAAAAUACCCAAAUUCAUUUAUAUAAGGUUAAACCAAAUGAUGAAGAUUUACUUCGUGAUGAGCAUAUUCCAACAGAUAGCAGUAAUUCUUCAUUCUUUGUUGGCCUUUCCCGUCUUACUUAUAUACGUGAAGCAAGGCAGAGUAAGAAAAAUUCUUUUCAAUAUGGAACUGAAUAUUCCUCAAAUCCAAAUAGUGAUGAAUCUAGUCAAUCUACCUGUUUGGGAACAGCAGUACAUCGUUUGACAAUUACUGAUUUGAAGGCAUCCUGGACAAUUGACAACCGUGAUAUUUGUUUAGUUAUUGCUGAAGGGGUACAGAAAGCACAUAUGUUGCGAAAAAUUCUGACAAAUGAAGCAUUGAAAAUGUUUAAUUUUGGAGAUGAAGCAACCACAAGCACUAAUUCGUCAAAUAUCCCAGGAAUAAGUCGCUUGAAUUCCAACAGUACAUCAUCACAACGAACUACUCGAAAUCCAUCUGUCAAGAGAGGAAUUGCUGUCAAUUCUGGAAGCCCGCGUCAUGAAAAUGGAGAUGCUGGAAGCUUGUUUGACGAUCGUGAAAUGCUUUGGAGAUUAGUAGAUGAAGCAGAAACUAAUUUGGUUGCUUAUAGCGAAGAGAUUGCACAAAAUCCAACUGAUUCACUCAAUGGUGUUGGUAUAUGUACAAUGGAAGAUGUUAUCUUAAUAAACUGGCAAAUUGAUCUAUUAAACAGUCAAUUGGUUUUAAAAAGUUCAGAAAAGGUUGGUGGCUUUAUGCUGGUGACGGCAGCACGAGCGUCUGUUUCGCAAAGGUUACAUGUGCCUGUUUGGAGAAGGAAGCAAUUACUAUUGAAGAAAUCUUGGAUUACAACACUUUCAGGGAUGCAGUAUUUUGCACCUUUAUUUAUUGCCCAAGACGAUUGCAGCCUUAAACCAACAGAAUUCCGUUGGCUUAAUCGUGAUAUAAUUGAAGAGAAACAGAUGCCGACUGAUCAGCAACAAAGCAAAGUAGAAGAUUUUUCAACAACUGGUGAGGCUGUUGGUGGUGUUGUAGUAGAUAAUAGCACAAUUUCUAUUGAUUCAUCUUCCUCUAUUCAAUUACAAAGAGUUGCUUCAAGAUGCAGCUGCCAGCUUUUCUUUUGUUGUUUCUCUGAUAUGCUUGGCACUGAAGAAUUGGAAGAUUUGGAAAUAACAAUUCCAGCGGCUAAUACAACAAAAGAGCGAGGCAGUUUGGGUGUGCGACAUUGUGAGGAGGUUGACACAUUCACAUUAAAGCACAAUAUUUUGGAAAUGUGUAUUGAUAUCCUACAAAAUCUAAUCAUGUUCAUCGAUCCUCGAAAAACUCAAUCGGAAGAAAAUAGGAGACGAAUGUGGUUUGAGUUGCUCAAAAGACCAAAGCAAAGUGUUCGUGUCUCAAUUCAAAAAAUGCAGAGUGAUCUUCGUGAACUUGUUUCUUUAGUACGUGCUUUGGAACGACAAGCAUUUUUUCUAAAUAAGGAGAUGCAAUUGAAUCCUAUGGAUCCAAAACUUGAAUUAGAAAAUAACCAAUUACAAACAGACAUUGAUGAAUACAAACAACGACAAAAUUUGCUUAUUGAUGAGCUUGUCAUGAUGAUAAGUUGUUAUAAAGAGAAAGAAGUUGAGGAACGAGCACAAAAAUUUAUAACUCAAUUACGUGUUGGUAGUGAAGAAGUAUAUGGAGAUGAUGAACAAAAGCCAUUCAUUUCUAGACUGUUUGAAGUUUGCUUCGAAAAUUGCAUAUGGCGAUUAACAGAGAAUGAUGGUCAAAUUUCACUUUCCGAAGUUCAAAUUAGAAAUUUUCUUUAUACAAGAACAGCGCGUAUUGAUAAUUCUGGUGAUCAUUUGUUGGAGAUUGGUGUUGUUAAAGUAUUGAAUUUAUUACCCAACAGCAAAUACAAGGAGACUUUAGCUCGUCUACAAACUACAACUAGUGUUGAUGUAACACCAGCUAUGCGUGUUAUUUGUCGAGAAUUGCCUGCCGUUGGUGGAAUUAGUAUUAAAGAGCAUUUUGAAGUUAAUAUUGCCCCAAUGCAUGCUCAAAUUACUUAUCGUUUUUUCGAAAAAAUGAUGCAAUAUUUCUUUCCUGGACGUAAUAUUGAGAAGGAAGAUCAACAAAAUUUGGAUACUUCUGAUGACCAACAGCAACAUAAUCAACAGCCACUUUCCUUCGCUCAACGUAUUCGUGGUGCUGUUAAUCACUCAUUUAGAAGUACAAAAACUAAAGCUGCACAAUAUGCUGCAAUUCGAGAUGAAAUUGAUAAAAUGAAGGAACGCUCAGAGAAAAACAAUAUGUUCGUUUACAUAAUCAUCCCAGCUGUUCCCUUUCUUGUUUCGUAUAAGGGAAAUAAAGAGAAAAAUCUGGAGGAUGUAGAUCGCUUCAAUUUGACCUUCCCAAAUUGUGAAUAUCACGACAAGAAUUGGACAUGGUUAGAUUUAGCAUUAGCAAUUAAACAAAGAUGUAAACGGGUCCUUCUCCAACAAUUUAUUAAUCAAAAAUUUUUACGAAAUUCUCGGCAAGCUGGAAUUGAGAGAUUUCUGGCUGAACCUAUUGAUGAUGAGGAGAAGAAACGAAUUAUCCUUGGAAAUACUGCAAGCAUGUUAAUGGAAAAGAAGAAGCGAAAGAAAUGA